CCAGAUGCAACCAAACAUACACAAAAAAAUAUUUUUUAUUUCACUCCACUGGUGUUCCUGGUUCCUGUAUAAUUUUGUUUUUAUGUUUUUUUAAUUGAUAAAAAUUGAAACAAAAUGAACUAUACAGUUAAAAUAGAUAAUUCAUUAUAAUGGAAAGCUAUUUGCCUAUAAUAUAAAAAGUCUAAUGGUAAUAAUAGUAGACUGGGACUGGGAUGUUAAAUAAAUAUUUAAUUCCAAUUUUAUGAUGACCUUUGCUUCUUUCAUUAUCUCUUUAGAACAGUUUUAUAAAAUGAAAAUGAAUCAAGAUUAAAACAUGUCGUUAACAGGACGAUUAGCAUUCGUAACAGGGGCCGGAUCAGGAAUUGGUAGGGCUACGUGCCAGUGCUUAGCCAGAGAAGGCGCAUUGGUAAUAGCUGCCGAUAAAAACAUCGGUAGCGCCAGAGAGACUGUGGAAUCUUUACCAAAAUUAUUGUCGGAGAGUCAUUUAUCUAUAGAGAUAUCUGUUGAAAAUGCCUCCCAGGUUCAAGCGGCCUUAAAGGAGUCUCUAAACACUUAUUCUAGGGCACCUUCAAUUGUGGUAAAUGCAGCGGGCAUAACCAGGGACAAUUUUAUCAGUAAAUUAUCAGAGGCCGACUUUGAUGAGGUUUUAGACGUCAAUUUGAAGGGUACUUUUUUGGUGAUUCAAACGUUUGCCAAUGCUAUCGUGGAAGGGAAAGUUGAAAAGGCAUCGAUAAUAAAUAUUGGCAGUGUUGUAGCAAAGUUUGGCAAUAUUGGCCAAGGAAAUUACUGUGCUAGCAAAGCCGGUGUAGAGUUGCUAACUAAAGUGGCUGCCAGGGAAUUUGGAAAAGUUAAUAUUAGAGUUAACACUGUUUUGCCAGGCGUUAUACAGACGCCAAUGUUUAACGCAGUGCCUGAGAAAGUUAAAGCUAAAUUUGUUGAAAGGAUUCCUUUAGCUCGGCUCGGUUAUCCGGAAGAGGUUGCAGAAGUGAUUUCAUUCCUUGCGUCAGAUAAGAGUUCGUACAUCAAUGGAGCUUCCAUUGAAGUUACUGGUGGUUUUUAAAUGAUAAAAAUGUGGAAUAAAAUGACAAUACUUACCUAUAAAUAAAAAUAUUUCUUUAUUCAAAAGCUUA